AGAAACUUCUCGAACUAACCAAACACCUCCAACGAGCCUUUUUUAGUUCCCUCCUUCAAUCAUUGUUAUCAGAGCCUUGAAACCAAGCAAACAGUAGUACCCUCCCAUUGAAGCAAAUCCACAAGCAUCUGGUAGCCAUGGCAGAAGACGGAGCUGUAACACUCUACAACAACACUGCCAUCACCGACCACAAGCAAAACCCGGUCUCCAUCAAAGUGGGCCUCGCACAAAUGCUCCGUGGCGGAGCCAUUCUCGAAGUCUCAUCGCCCAACCAGGCCAAAAUCGCCGAAGAAGCAGGCGCCUGUUGUUUACUCGUCACUGAACCGAAUCCCCGAGGCAUCUCACGCAUGCCGGAUCUUGGUCUCAUCAAACAGAUAAAACGGGCCGUUUCGAUCCCCAUCAUGGCUCGCUCCCGCGUUGGCCAUUUCGUUGAAGCCCAGAUACUCGAACGAGUCGGCGUCGAUUACAUUGACGAAAGCGAGGUUUUAGCCUUAGCCGAUGAGGAGAAUUUUAUCAACAAGCAUAAUUUUAGGUGCCCCUUUGUUUGCGGCUGCAAGAACCUUGGCGAAGCGUUAAGUAGAAUUAGGGAAGGAGCUGCGAUGAUUAGAACACAAGGAGACUUGUUAGGCACUGGUAACAUUGUUGAAACGGUUAAAAACGUCAGGUAUGUGAUGGGUGAAAUUAGGAUCUUAAAUAACAUGGAUGAAGAUGAAGUAUUCGCAUUUUCAAAGAAAAUUGCAGCCCCUUACGACUUGGUUGCUCAAACCAAGCAAAUGGGGAGACUGCCAGUGGUUCAGUUUGCCGCUGGUGGAAUCGUGUCUCCGGCAGAUGCUGCAUUGAUGAUGCAGUUAGGGUGUGAUGGUGUUUUUGUGGGGUCAGAAGUGUUCGAUAAUUGCUUGGAUCCGUAUAAGCGUGUUCGAGGAAUCGUGGAGGCGGUUAGGCAUUAUAACGAUCCUCGUGUUUUGGUCGAGAAUAGUUGUGGGUUGAAGGAGACGGCGGGGCUUAAUGUCGGUGAGGAAAGGAUUGAACAGUUCGGAGAAUGAGGAGUUUGAUCAAAUAAUGCAUCUUCUAUUUACUUCUUGUUGAUGUUAUUGUUGAGAAUAUGGGUUCACUUGUUUUAGUUUUGCUAUGGUUAUAUUUAUAUAUACUGUAUUUUGUAUGCUAAACUAAUACAAAAAAAUGAACUAGAAUAAGUUGGUCAUCAGUCUUUCAACAUCGUCUUGUAUGUUGAACUGUUUGAGGCUAUAUAUAAUGAAGGAAUGAACUAGAAUAAUUGGUUGA